AAAGAAGAAGAAGGGAAGGACGGGACGGUUUCAUCAGCCGGUGGCGCUUACCCAUUUUUUGUUUGUUCUGUCUGAUCUGGUCCGUUCUGUUGCUGUUAAAGUAUAUUUUAAGGAGCCCUUGUUCCUCGUGUAAUUCACUUCAAUGGUACUUAUUUAUGCCUCGUGUCCUGCCUUGUCCUCCUGUUCUGUACCUCUAUUCUCUGUUCCUCUCUUCCAAGCGAUUCACGAACAAGCACUGUUGUUCACUAAUAACCUCAACCUAUAUCCUCUUCCUCUUACUUGCAACUCCUCUGCCAAAUCUAUCUACUCAUAUCAACACUAAGAAUAACUCAACAUGCGUUUCUUCGCCGUCGCAGCUCUCCUAAGCGUCGCCCUCGCUGCGCCAGCCUACGACAAAACCGACGGCACAUGCUGCUGCUGCGAUAUCUCCAAGCCCGCCACAGUCUGUAAGAAAGACGUCAAACCCGAAGACUGCUUCUGCGCCGCCGUCGUGUGUCCUGCCGGUGCCCCUACCAUCUGGGCCACCUCUACUACUACUCCUGCAACUACCACCACGGCCGCUCCCGUUAAGCGCGAGGAAAAGACACCUGCCCCUGCUGGACCUCCUUGUUGCUGCUGCGAUCCGUCAAAGAAUGCCAUCGUCUGUACCGUGCGUGCCGAGGGAGAGGACAACUCGUGCAUUUGUCCUAUGGUGAUGUGUCCCGCUGAUGCAUCGACCUUGACUGUUUAUUCGACUCCCAAGGAGACGGGCAAAUAAGGAAUAAACCCGAA